ACUACAACCAGCUUCCAUGAGCUGUGCAUCAACCCACUGGACUGUGUAGAUUAUACUGACCUGGACUCAUCAGUUUUAAUCGUGGACAAGAAAGACAUCAGAUCAGAAAAUUCCUGGUUCGCAUCUGUCAUUUAAUCCUAGUUGAAGUUUAAGCUUCUGACGUCUGAAACUGAUUUUGUCACCAUGCCAACGGGAUCUGUACGACUGCAAAGCAUAAAAAAACUGGGACACGAUAACCGCAGCUAUGAAGUUUCAGGUGAAGAACCAGCUGGUUCCUAUAUGUCGAUGACUAAUUCAAAGGACAAGGAAAAGGUUCAAGGAAAUCAAGAGCAAGCUGCAAUUAGAGUCGGCUUCUUCCAGCUGUUCCGCUUUUCCACCUGCAAGGAUGUUCUGAUGAUGGUUUUGGGCAGCGUAUGUGCAGUGCUGCAUGGCUCGGCCCAGCCCCUCAUGUUGUUGGUGUUUGGCCUGCUCACCGACACCUUCAUUGAGUAUGAUAUGGAGCUCAGCGAACUAACUGAUGACCGGAAGGAGUGUGUGAACAACACCAUCCAGUGGAAGAGGAACUACACUGUAGUUCAAGACCUGACUCAGCCCCUGAACCAGUCGGACCUGGGUCUUAUCAUCAACUCCACGUUAGAGAUGCUCAAUCCACUGGAAAACAGGUCAUGUGGGAUUCUUGACAUCGAGCAUGAAAUGACCAUGUUUGCCUACUAUUAUGUUGGGAUUGGACUAUCCGUAUUCUUGCUUGGAUACUUGCAGAUCUCUCUGUGGGUGACAGCCGCUGCCAGGCAGAUUCAGCUCAUCAGGAAAAUGUACUUCAGCAAAGUGAUGAGGAUGGAGAUUGGCUGGUUUGACUGCACCUCUGUAGGGGAGCUCAACACUCGCAUGUCAGAUGACAUAAACAAGAUCAACGAUGCCAUUGCAGACCAGGUUGCAAUAUUUGUUCAACGCUUCAUCACGUUUGUGUGUGGUUUCUGUAUCGGGUUUGUGAAAGGAUGGAAGUUAACACUUGUCAUUGUCGCUGUCAGUCCACUGAUUGGGGUUGGAGCAGGUCUCAUGGCUCUGUUUGUGGCCAAGCUGACGGGGAUGGAGCUGCAGGCCUACGCUAAAGCUGGUGCCGUGGCUGAUGAGGUCCUUUCUUCCAUCAGGACUGUAGCUGCUUUUGGAGGAGAGAAAAAGGAAGUAGACAGGUAUGACAGGAACUUGAUCUCGGCCCAGCGAUGGGGCAUCAGGAAGGGUAUGAUAAUGGGUUUUUUUACCGGAUACAUGUGGCUGAUCAUCUUCCUGUGCUAUGCACUGGCCUUCUGGUACGGCUCUACUCUUGUGAUAGACACUGAGGAGUACACACCAGGAACCCUGAUUCAGGUCUUUUUCGGGGUGCUGAUUGCAGCCAUGAAUUUGGGACAGGCUUCCCCAUGUUUGGAGGCGUUUGCAGCCGGCCGUGGAGCUGCUACUACAAUAUUUGAGACUAUUGACAGGGAGCCGGAGAUUGACUGUUUAUCAGAGGCUGGAUACAAGCUUGACCGAGUCAAAGGGGAUAUUGAAUUCCAUAAUGUGACCUUCUACUAUCCAUCCAGACCAGACGUUAAAAUCCUGGACCAGCUCAGCGUUGCAGUGAAGUCAGGUGAAACCACCGCCUUUGUGGGCCCCAGCGGAGCGGGGAAGAGCACUGCCAUUCAGCUCAUUCAGCGCUUCUACGACCCUAAAGAAGGCAUGGUGACGCUGGAUGGUCAUGACAUCAGAGGCCUAAACAUCCAAUGGCUGCGCUCCCUUAUUGGCAUUGUGGAACAGGAACCUGUACUGUUUGCCACCACCAUUGCAGAGAACAUACGCUAUGGUCGACCUGGGGUAUCUAUGGAGGACAUCAUCACCGCUGCAAAGGAGGCUAACGCAUACAGUUUCAUUAUGGACCUCCCACAGAAAUUUGACACAUUGGUAGGGGAAGGUGGGGGCCAGAUGAGCGGUGGGCAGAAACAGAGGAUAGCCAUUGCUCGUGCUUUGGUCAGGAACCCUCGAAUCUUACUGCUGGACAUGGCGACCUCUGCUCUGGACAAUGAGAGUGAAGCUAUUGUUCAGGAAGCUUUGGAUAAAGUUCGUAUGGGACGCACCACCAUCUCUAUCGCUCACCGACUAUCCACCAUAAAGAAUGCAGAUGUAAUUGUUGGCUUUGAGCACGGCCGGGCAGUGGAGAGGGGCAAACACAAUGAACUGUUGGAGAGGAAGGGGGUGUACUUCACUCUUGUCACCUUGCAAAGCCAGGGAGACAAGGCUUUGAAUGAGAAGACCAGGGAAACGGCUGAGGGCGAAGAGCAGCAGCCAGAGAGGUUAAAUCUAUCCAGAGCAGGCAGCUAUCGUGCCAGUUUAAGAGCCUCGAUCCGCCAGAGGUCCCGAUCCCAACUUUCCAACCUGAUCCCAGAAUCCUCGGUUCCCAUCGCUGGAGACCUCGGCCCCAUAGCCUACUCUGUGUCUCGAGAAGAUAAAUAUAAGAAAGCCACACCAGAGGAGGAAGAGGAUGAACUUGUGGAACCUGCUCCAGUUGCCAGGAUUUUGAAAUACAACGCACCUGAGUGGCCCUAUAUGUUCUUUGGAUCUCUUGGGGCUGCGGUCAAUGGAGGAGUUAACCCAGUUUACUCCCUGCUGUUCAGUCAAAUCUUGGCGACGUUUGCUGUGACAGAUCCCGAGGCUCAGAGGAGAGAGAUUAAUGGAAUCUGUGUGUUCUUUGUUAUUGUUGGAGUCAUCUCUUUCUUCACCCAGAUGCUGCAGGGUUAUGCCUUUUCCAAGUCUGGCGAGCUGCUGACCCGCAGGUUACGGCGGAUUGGUUUUCAAGCCAUGCUUGGGCAAGAGAUUGGUUGGUUUGAUGAUCACAGGAACAGCCCCGGGGCUCUGACCACACGUCUGGCAACCGAUGCCUCACAAGUUCAAGGGGCUACAGGCUCCCAGAUUGGUAUGAUUGUCAACUCUCUGACCAACAUUGGUGUGGCCGUCAUCAUGUCCUUCUACUUCAGCUGGAAGCUCACACUGCUCAUCCUCUGCUUCCUGCCGUUUAUCGCACUCUCCGGUGGCUUCCAGGCCAAGAUGCUCACAGGUUUCGCCAAGCAGGACAAGCAGGCCAUGGAAUCAGCUGGGCAGAUUUCAGGCGAGGCCCUGAACAACAUUCGCACCAUUGCUGGCCUAGGGAAGGAGAGGAGCUUUGUGGAAACAUAUGAGGCUCAAUUGAACGCUCCGUAUCAAGCAGCCUUGAAGAAGGCGAAUGUGUAUGGGGCUUGUUAUGGUUUCGCCCAGUGUGUGAUCUUCUUGACAAAUGGUGCGUCCUUCAGGUUUGGAGGUUACCUGGUGGAACAAGAAGGGCUCCAUUUCAGCUUUGUAUUCAGGGUGAUCUCUGCAAUCGUCACCAGCGGCACAGCUUUAGGCAGAGCCUCCUCUUACACUCCGGAUUAUGCCAAGGCCAAGAUAUCAGCGGCGCGUUUCUUCCAGCUGCUGGACCGUGUGCCUUCAAUCAGUGUCUACAGCAACAUGGGAGAAAAAUGGGAUAACUUUCAAGGGAACCUAGAGUUCAUUGACUGCAAGUUUACUUAUCCCACUAGGCCCGACAUCCAGGUACUGAAUGGCUUAAAUGCUUCGGUGAAGCCUGGACAAACAUUGGCCUUUGUAGGCAGCAGCGGCUGCGGGAAGAGCACCAGCGUGCAGCUGCUGGAGAGGUUCUACGAUCCUGAUCACGGCAAAGUGCUGAUUGAUGGCCAUGAAUCAUCUCGCAUCAACGUGCCUUUCCUGCGUUCCAAGAUUGGCAUUGUUUCCCAAGAGCCCAUUCUGUUUGACUGCAGCAUUGCAGAGAACAUCAAGUAUGGUGACAACUCGCGGGAAAUCAGCAUGAACGAAGUCAUCUUGGCAGCCAAGAAGGCCCAGCUUCACGACUUUGUUAUGUCUCUCCCGGAGAGCUAUGACACCAACGUGGGCUCUCAGGGUUCUCAGCUGUCUCGUGGUCAGAAACAGCGCAUCGCCAUCGCCAGGGCAAUCAUACGUGACCCCAAGAUCCUUCUCCUGGAUGAGGCCACAUCUGCCUUGGACACGGAGAGCGAGAAGACUGUGCAAGAGGCCCUGGACAAAGCCAGAGCAGGGCGGACGUGCAUCGUUAUUGCUCAUCGCCUCUCCACCAUUCAGAACUCUGAAAUCAUCGCCGUCAUGUCCAGGGGUUUCGUGAUCGAGAAGGGGACGCAUGACCAGCUCAUGGCCCAGAAGGGAGCCUACUACAAGCUGGUUACGACGGGAGCACCGAUUAGCUAACUGGUCACAGACACGGCCAGAGGUGCUCUUUUGGGGAUUAGGACUGUAAGCGUGCGUAAUUUGAGGGGAAUAAACCAAUUAACUGUUGUGGUAUUUAUUUUUGAUGAUGGUAUCCUGAGAAGAAGCUGGGGAUUUCAUGAAAGGAAAAUCAAGAGAUGUGAUGCUUUAAAAUAGCUGCUCAGGUUUCUGUGUCUUAGCUCUAAAAACUGCAAUAAUUCGCCGAAAUCUACUGUGCUAAAUUAGUUGAUAGCAGUACUGGAGCAAAUUAAGUUUUUUACACAAGAACUUGUAUUUAAUUAAAAUUUUGAUUUACUUCAUGCUUUGUAAACUCAAUGAUUCAUUAGUAAUGGAAGAAGAUAUCGCUUCUUUUACAUGUUAGUAUGCGUCAGUGUACCCUUCAGAGCCUGAUUUAUGUUUUUGUUUCAUAAACAGCAGGUUUUUGUUCUUCUCUAUAAUUUACCUUCACAGAUUUAUUGAGCUUCUAAUGUGAGAAAGCUCUGUCAGCAGGUACCAAAAAGUGUGAACUGAUCAUCAGCUCUAAGUUUAGCAGGAAAAUUAGCAUCCACAUUUGAGGAAGCUGUCUGUUAACCAGAAUGGUUCAAUUUAAUGACAUGAAACUAGAUAUUUUUUUCAUUUAUGUAUUUGUUUGACUUACUUCAAUAAAGCUGCUGUUGUCUUUCA